GGGCGAGCUGGAGAGAGCGGCGGUGGGCUGCUGCGGGAGGAGGGUCGAGGCCCAGGGCCCUACGGAUCGCCGCCGGGCUCAGCCGGCCGAACAAAGAGACCGCCGGGAGCCGCUGGCCUCCACACGCGUGUCCUCGCUCUCCGGGACGGUGCAGGCGGGUGUUGGCAGCAGUUUUCCCGGGGGUCGGUGCGAAGAGCUCCGGCCGCCACCGCCUUCCGCGAGUCUCUGCCCGGUCCCGGCCCGCGCCGCUCCCGGGCGUGGGGGCCCGGGCGGCUCCUGGUCCUUGGGCGCCGCGGCACCUGCGGAGGGCCCCGCAGCGGGCCGGCCUCCGUGAUGGGGCUGCUCUUCGCCAAGCUGUGGAGCCUGUUCUGUAACCAAGAACACAAAGUAAUUAUAGUGGGAUUGGAUAACGCAGGGAAAACUACCAUUCUCUAUCAAUUCUUGAUGAAUGAAGUGGUCCAUACCUCUCCAACCAUAGGAAGCAAUGUUGAAGAAAUAGUUGUGAAGAACACUCAUUUUCUUAUGUGGGAUAUUGGUGGACAAGAGUCACUGAGGUCAUCAUGGAAUACCUACUACUCUAACACAGAGUUCAUCAUUCUUGUUGUUGAUAGCAUUGACAGAGAACGACUGGCUAUUACUAGAGAAGAGCUUUAUAGAAUGCUGGCUCAUGAGGAUUUACGGAAGGCUGCUGUUCUUAUCUUUGCAAAUAAGCAAGACAUGAAGGGGUGUAUGACAGCAGCUGAAAUCUCUAAGUACCUCACCCUUAGUUCCAUUAAGGAUCAUCCAUGGCAUAUUCAGUCUUGCUGUGCUUUAACAGGAGAAGGGUUAUGCCAAGGUCUAGAGUGGAUGACCUCCCGAAUCGGUGUGAGCUAACUUUUUGUUCAAGAAGGGGACUGCUUCUAUUUAUUCUGUGGACAUGAACAUAUUUCCUGGUACUUUUGACUGCUUAGGCAGCAGCAUGUUUAAUUUAUAACAACACAAACCUCUAUGAGCAACACUUGAAUCAAGUGCAGCUGAACUGGAACAUAAUAUUUUUCUUAACAUUUUUAAAAUGCACUAAUCCUCAGUUGGAUGAACAUAAUGUGUCUGUGUUUCAGCAACAAAGUUCUCCUGACUACUUAUCCUAAUGCAUUCAAGGAUGGCCUUGCCAGAAACGUUUGUCAUAAUGUUUUAUACUUUCUGUAAUACUGAAAACCUACUAUUUAUCUGAACCUAACACGCCCAUUUUCAUUUAUUAAGUUUUAGGCAAAUGUUGAUCUGGAAGAACACUAGAAAUCACAGACUAAUGUUUGCAGAUUUCUUUGGGUCUAAAGAUUAUCUCUCUCUUUUAUAUUAUCCAUCCUUUGUGUGCAGAAAUUUAACCCAAUGAAAAAUGUGUAUGAGUGAUAUCUGGAAUCCUAAAGAGUUGUGAAAAUUUACCCACCAAUGGGUAAAUGUCCUCACCUCAAUGCAUGUCAUAGAAGAAUUUGUUACAUUUUUAAGUAUGGCUUUUUAAGGUUUCAUGUUUCUUGUUCUUGGCCUAUAGAAUUAUGAUUAAUUUUCUAUCUGUAUGACUUGGGGAAAGGGUUUAGAUAUAUAUGUGUGUGUGACCUUAUAGUUGGCCAAAAAAAAAAAACCACAAAACCUGAAUCAGGAUGAGAGAUUAUUUGAGAGUGAAGGUUUGAUAUAAAGUUUGGCAGCUCUUUCUGACAUUUAUGUAUAAAUUCCACAUUAAUUAGUAUACUUUUUAUAUA